AUGAAUAAAGCAACUCGAACAACUAGUCUAAGAUAACAUAAACUAACCUUUUUAAAAGAUAAUAAUAAUAGCUUAUAAUUAUAGACUAGGUCUUAAAGCUUUAAAUAAAACAUUAGCAUAUCUCCUGAAAAGAAAUAGUAAAUAUCUCCAACAAAAUAAAAUAGCGUAUAUAUGAAUGGAUAAUUACUAGUAUAUAAAUUUGUAAUUAUAAGAUUCGUCCUAGAUCGAAAUAUAAUUAAUAAGGCAAUUUGUCUUCUUCGAAAUUACAAGACUCCUAAAAAAUCUUUCUUAUUCAAUAAGCUUAAUAAUAAUAAUAAGUAUAACAAUAGAGGAUUGAAUAAAGUCCUGCAUUACAUAAAAAACAAUAGAGUGAUAAAGGAUUAAAAUAUGACUUACCUAAAAUAUCACCAAUUAAAGCAAGACAACCUAUUAAACAAUUAUAAUCUGAUACUAAUUAAUUGGACUUAUUUAAAAGAGAAUAAAUAAAAUAAAAUAUAACUAAAAUUGCAUAUAAUAAAUCUCAGGCUGGUAAAAAUGAAGAUAAUUUAACAAAAACAAAUUAAGAUAGUUUUAUAUCUCUUUAAUCAUUUAAAGAUACAAUGUCUUUAUUUGGUAUUUGUGAUGGACAUGGUCAAGAUGGUCAUAAAUGUAGUUAAUUUAUUCGAGAUAAUUUACCAAAAAAUAUCUAAUCUCUUAUAUCUCAAAAUUCUUCAUCUAUUUAAGAAUCCCUCUCCAAAUCAUUUAUUAGAACAAACAGUUAAUUAUGCAAUUUUGAAGAAAUAAUAACAACAUUUAGUGGUUCAACAACAGUUAUCAGUUUAAUAGUUGAUGAUACUAUUUAUACAGCAAAUGUUGGAGAUUCUAGAUCAAUUAUUUGUAGAUAAUAAAGUAAUGGAGUUAAAAGUGCUAUUUCAUUAUCAAAUGAUCAUAAGCCAGACUUACCUUAUGAAAGAAGAAGAAUUGAAUAAAGUGGAGGAAGAGUUGAACCUUAUAUUGAUUUUGAUGGUUCUAGUUUAGGUCCAGCUAGAGUUUGGUUAAAAGCAGAAGAUAUACCAGGUUUAGCUAUGAGUAGAAGUUUUGGUGACAAAGUUGCAGCAAGUUGUGGUGUUAUUUGUGAACCAGGUAAUUAUAUUAUUUAUUAUUUAGAAAUUUUAACACAUAAAAUUUAAGAAGGAGAUUUAUUUAUGGUUUUGGCAUCAGAUGGAGUAUGGGAAUUUCUAAGUAAUGAAUAAGUAUACUAAAUUAUUAAUUAAGGUGAUAGAUAUGAUAUAUCCAUAUUAUAUUUAAGAUGAAGGUAAUGCUGCAUGUGUUAGAAUAGUAAAAGAAUCUAUUAAAUUAUGGAAAUUAAAUGAUACAGUAAUAGAUGAUAUUACUGUUGUUAUUGUAUUCUUUAAUAAAUAAAAAUGA